AUGAUAGCCAAUAAUUUCUGUGCGCCCGCCUCGAGCUCAGCCGGAGGGCUGCCCAGACAAGCGGUCUCUCAAACACGAUUCGAACAGUUGCUUCAGAACUCGAAUCUCCCAGCCCCAGGUCCUGAUCAUUACAACGCCAGACGGCGCCUGUGGUUGAAACCAGGAUGGUCGCCCUCUCAGAAACCUCCAAAGGCAGCAUCUCCUUCGAGGCAGAAGCUAGAGGCCGUUCUCAAUAAUCCCAACAUGCUCCAAGACAUUCAAUGCUGGAGAAAGCUUGAUAGAGUUUGGAAAAACCUCAGCAACGGAUCAAGUCUGAACGAAAGUCUUCCAAUGAGCAUGAUCAUACGGAUAGUACAUGCUGCUUGGGUGCGCGAUAACCUUUGGCCAGCUGGGGUUCAAGCCCCCGAACCGGACGAUGAGCUCCCGCCCGAGGUGGAAGAUGCACCAACAUCCGAGCUGCAACUGGAUACGCUACGAUUGGAAGCACCACCAGUAGACCCGCCCGAAGGCCAGGCGAAAUGA